UGGCCCAACCAGUACAGAAGGUAAAGGUCACUAACCUUGUUUGUAGAUCGUUUUCCGUUAAUUAUUGAAUUUUUUAUUCAAACAAGAUGGGUCGAAGAUGUGCAGUUUCGCAUUGUAAAAGUGGUCAUCGACGUCAUGAACACGAAAAAAUUACUAUUUUUUCGGUGCCCAAAAAUAAUAUUCAAGUGUGGUCGGAAAGGUUAGGUUGUGCUUUGAAUGAAAAAUCCUGUGUUUGUGAAAAACAUUUUAAUCAAAAUGAUAUAAAAUCGGAAAAAAUUAUCGCUGAAGAUGGGAAAAUUAUUUUUCAGCAACGCUUUUCAAAGAAAUCACUUAUCAAAGGAGCAAUGCCAAUUCUGAAUUCUGAUGAGCCUCCGAUGAAAUUAGCCAAAAUUGAUACCAGUGCAGUAAUAGAAGAAUCUCAGGACCUGACAGAAGAAUUACAAAACAUAUCAAAAUUUUCAACUCUCCCUACAAAUUUUACAGUCUUACAGAAUACAAAAUCACAAUCAGAUACCAAUGAAUUUGCCAUUGACACUGAAAAAGAUACGCCAGUAACCAGUGAUAGCAAAUUACAUUUAAUUACAUCGAAUAAAGUAAUCUUGGAUGAUCAACUUUAUGUAAAAGUAUUCAUAGGCCAAAAGAAUAUUGUCGAAUGUAUAAGUGAUCUCAAAUGUCAAGAGGAUUUGGAAAAUUUAUUAAUAGAAGUAGAUAAGAUGAUAGUAUGUCCUGGUGGCCCGAAAGUAGCAACAUUUAAGAAAAUACAUCCUCACAUAUUGAUCGCCAACGUACUUCUAAAAAACGACUUGUCUUAUCACCAACGACAAAAAACAAAGUACAAUUACUUUACAGAAGAGCUCGAGUGCGAACUCGAAAGCUAA